AGAUUUCAGGGACAGACAGAGGAGUGAAGGCACACUGAAGACCAACGACAAUUUGAGAAGUGGAACUUUAUCAACGGUGGACGAUGAGGACGCUGCUGUUGCUGUAUCUGUGUGCGUACGCAGCUCGGGCCCAAGAUGAUCUGGAAUAUGACGACUACGACGACACCAACAGUCCGUCUACAGGUAACGGCACGGCCGUAAAUGCACGAGGUCAUCGUCCAACGACGAGGGGCCGAGACGUCUACACAAACAACCGCUAUUCCCCACCUCCUAUCGGUGGCCGCGGCAGGUAUCGCGGCCGCCCCACCCCCGCUCCAGUCGGACAACCACAGGUGCAGGAGAAGCAGGAGCAGCCGGAGUCCGGAGGAUGCACCCACGCCUCGGAGGAGAUGGGUGUUUUGUGUCCUAACGGCUGCGAACUGAAGACCGCCCUGCUGAAGCAGGAGAGGAACGUCAAGACGAGCAUCAAUGAUCUGAAGCCGAAAGUGGAUGAACUGUCCAGAUCCACAAACCACGUCUUCAACUACGUCAACAGCAUCUCCAACUCUCUGCGGGAGAGGCAGAGGCUCAUCGACGACAACAGCAGGGCGGUCAGUCAGUACACCGAUCGGGUGGAGGAGCAGCACGUCUACAUCAAGGAGACAGUCGACACCGUCUUCCCCUCCAACAUCAGAGUGCUGCAGGGCGUCCUGGACAAGAUCAGGCAGAAGAUCCAGAGGCUGGAGAAGGCCAUCCAGGCCCAGAGGGAGGAGUGCAAGGAACCCUGCAAGACCAAAUGUCCCAUACCAGUCGUGUCUGGUAAGGAGUGUGAGGAGAUCUACCGUCGUGGAGGAAGAGACUCCCAGAUGUACAUAGUCCAGCCCGACGCCUUCUACCCUCCAUACAAGGUCUUCUGUGAUCAGACCAGCCAGAACGGAGGAUGGCUUCUCAUCCAGAGCAGGCUUGAUGGCAGUGUCGACUUCGGCCGACGCUGGGACGAAUACCGACGUGGUUUUGGCAACAUCGCCUUCGAUGCCGGCAAGGGUCACUGCGAGUCUCCAGGUGAAUACUGGCUGGGUAAUGACCGCAUUAGUCAGCUGACCAAGAUGGGCCCCACUGAGGUUCUGAUUGAGAUGGAGGACUGGACCGGAGCCAAGGUCCAUGCCCAGUACAACCAGUUCACCAUCCAAUCGGAGACAUCCAACUAUGUGCUAGCAGUGGACGGCUACUCCGGUACUGCUGGUAACAGCUUCCUGGAUGGAUCUCUGGAGCUCUACGGUGAAAACCGCACCAUGACAAUUCACAACGGCAUGAUGUUCAGCACCUACGACAGAGACAACGACAACUGGAUCCCUGGCGAUCCAUCCAAACAGUGCUCCAAGGAGGACGGAGGUGGCUGGUGGUACAACCGCUGCCACUCGGCCAAUCCCAAUGGUCGAUACUACAUGGGCGGAGCCUACACCAGACAGAUGGCCAAGCACGGCACAGACGACGGCGUGGUGUGGAUGAACUGGAAGGGCAGCUGGUAUUCCCUCAAGGCCAUCAGCAUGAAGAUCAGGCCUUACUUCCCCCCCAGUAAAUAAUGUCUGAGCAAGUCGACGCACACGUGACACAGUCAGGAAACCGCCAGAAUAAAAGAAUUUAUAUUGAGGGACAUUUACACAUGACGUGCUGUGAAAGUGUAAAAGAAAUCUGUUUAAAAAAUGAGCAACGCUAACAAAAUAAAGAAAACACAAGAUGGUUUAACAUCAGGUAAACUUACUUAUAAAGAGAAAAAUCUUACUGGUUGUGAGUGAAUGAGCUGCGAUCCAUCCUUUCUUGUUGCGUGUGACGUAUUCAGUGUGCACUGACAGGAUGAGUUGAUGACAACUGUCCUCCGCUACUCAAUAAACACAUUGAGGAACCUA